AUGGUGAUGGCAAGACUGGGGUAUGGUGUCAGGCUGCUCGGGCGGGAUUGUCUGGCGCAGACAUGCGCGGGACGAUCUGUUGAGCGGUCAGUGAUUAGGUGGCGCUCAAUGACAUCGGAGGUUCGACCGGCUUCAUCUCAGCUGUUCAGUGUUGAACAAGUUCAGGCUGGAAUCUCGGCGCUUGCUGCGGCAGGGUAUGAUACAGAAACGGUGUGGGAGCAGCGCGUGGUUUGGGGAGAUCACGACCAGUUUCAGCAUGUCAACAACGUACAUUUCGUUCGAUGGUUCGAGUCGGCACGAAUGUGGUUCGCCAAUCAACUCUGCCAAACGCCCGAGUUUUCCGAUCAAAGACGACAAGAAAUCAAUAGAGGAACAGGCAAAAGCUUCAUCCUCGCCGGCAUCAACGUCAGGUACCGAAAACCUGUCUUGUACCCAGACACCAUCCUGAUCGGCCAAGCUUGUCAACUUCCGCUAGCCAAAGACCGCUUCAUCCUCCGCGCAGCAGCGUACUCUCUCGCCCAACAAACUAUCGUCGCCGUCUCAGCGCAAGACUGUGUCACAUACGAUUACACAAAGCUAGCCAAGUGCGAUAUACCAGACGACAUCAGGAAGGCAUUGGAGAGUAGAGCAACUCAUUUUGAUAAGAAGCUCUAG